CAUCAAUCCUUUUCGGAAUAUAAUAUUCAUUAAUACCUAUUCAUCAUAAUGCGUGUUCCUUAUAGUAUUAUUUUCGGCUUCAUCGCCGCAAGUCGGGCGUGGCCCACUCCUUUCCCUGAUGGCAAUCUUAAUACGGACUUUGCUCCCGGAUCGAACCCCAGGAGGAAUCCAUCCGAGGUUAUAAGUCAACUUCAACAACUAAUAGAGAAGACAUGCCAUAAUGCUUGUCUGGAACUUUUCCCUGACGAGGGGGCCAAUCACGAAGCCUGUAUGAAUAUAUGCCAUCACAAGCAAUCCGACUCCGAUAAUACCAACCCGGAUUCGGGUAUGUAAAGUCUGUGAUGAGCGUUCCAAUCGAACCAAGGCAAUGCGUUUCGAACAUCAUGGCACUGCUGUAAACGGCAGCCAGUAUUUAUGACUUACGAUUUAAACGUCGGGUUUCUUAUUUUGGUUAUACCACGGAGCAUCUUCAGUUUAUACAUUAUUUGUAGCGUAUAAGUAUCAUCAUGUACUUAAAGAUUUAAAUUAGUAGGCGUAUAGUAUGGAUCUAUCAGU